AUGUCGAGUGAGGAAUUCAGGCUGGUGUCGCCGACGAUAGAUAACGAAGGGAAGCUGCCGAGAAAGUACACCAAGGGAGGUCAAGGCGUCCAGAAGAAUCUCUCUCCUCCUCUUGAAUGGUACAACGUGCCAGAAGGUACGAAAUCGCUAGCGUUGGUGGUGGAGGACAUCGAUGCGCCGGAUCCUAGUGGACCGCUCGUGCCCUGGACGGUGUGGGUUGUCGUCGACAUUCCGCCGGAGUUGAAAGGUCUGCCGGAAGGAUAUUCUGGAAAGGACGAGCAGAUCGCCGGUGUCCGGGAAGGGAAUAACGAUCACAAGAUCCCUGGUUGGCGUGGGCCCCUCAUGCCUAGUCACGAUCACGAUCACAGUUUCCAGUUCAAGCUCUUUGCUCUCGACGAUCAUCCCAAACUUGGUCACACGGUGACGAAAGAGAGGUUGCUAGACGCGAUUGAAGGGCACGUGCUUGGAGAAGCCAUCUUGACUGCUUUGGCUUGA